AUGUCUGGCUCUUAUGACGAGGCCUCGCUAGCUCCGGAAGAGACCACUGACAGCUUCUGGGAGGUGGGGAACUACAAGCGGACGGUGAAGCGCAUCGAUGACGGGCACCGGCUGUGCAACGACCUGAUGAGCUGCGUACAGGAGCGCGCCAAGAUCGAGAAGGCCUACGCGCAGCAGCUCACCGACUGGGCCAAGCGCUGGCGCCAGCUCCUCGAGAAAGGCCCACAGUAUGGCAGCUUGGAGCGGGCCUGGGGUGCCAUAAUGACGGAGGCUGACAAGGUGAGCGAGCUGCACCAGGAGGUGAAGAACAGCCUGCUGAACGAGGACCUGGAGAAGGUCAAGAACUGGCAGAAGGACGCCUACCACAAGCAGAUCAUGGGCGGCUUCAAGGAGACCAAGGAGGCUGAGGAUGGCUUCCGCAAGGCCCAGAAGCCCUGGGCCAAGAAGAUGAAGGAGCUAGAGGCAGCCAAGAAGGCCUACCAUCUGGCCUGCAAAGAGGAGAAGCUGGCCGUGACCCGGGAGAUGAACAGCAAGACGGAGCAGUCGGUCACACCUGAGCAGCAGAAGAAGCUGCAGGACAAAGUGGACAAGUGCAAGCAGGACGUGCAGAAGACGCAGGAGAAGUAUGAGAAGGUGCUGGAUGACGUGGGCAAGACCACGCCCCAGUACAUGGAGGGCAUGGAGCAGGUGUUUGAGCAGUGCCAGCAGUUCGAGGAAAAGCGGCUGGUCUUCCUCAAGGAGGUGCUGCUGGACAUCAAACGUCACCUCAACCUGGCCGAGAGCAGCAGCUACAUCCAAGUGUACCGGGAGCUGGAGCAGGCCAUCCGGGGGGCCGAUGCCCAGGAUGACCUCAGAUGGUUCCGCAGCACCAGCGGCCCUGGCAUGCCCAUGAACUGGCCCCAGUUUGAGGAGUGGAACCCAGACCUCCCUCACACUGCUGCCAAGAAGGAGAAACAGCCCAAGAAGGCAGAGGGGGCAGCGCUGGCCAAUGCUGCUGGCGUGGUGGAGUCCACGUCUCAGGCUGGGGACCGUGGCAGUGUUAGCAGCUACGACAGGGGCCAGACUUACGCCACCGAGUGGUCGGACGAUGAGAGCGGGAACCCGUUUGGGGGCAAUGAGGCCAACGGAGGCUCCAACCCCUUCGACGAGGACGCCAAGGGAGUGCGUGUGCGGGCGCUCUACGACUACGACGGCCAAGAGCAGGACGAGCUCAGCUUCAAGGCCGGAGACGAGCUCACCAAACUGGGCGAGGAGGACGAGCAGGGUUGGUGCCGCGGGCGGCUGGACAGCGGGCAGCUGGGCCUCUACCCCGCCAACUAUGUGGAGGCCGUCUAG